CACAUUUGGUAAACUAAAUUAAACUAAUUAGAUUUUGGUGGUCAAAGGUCAAAGGUUAAGGUCAGUGUGACCUCACAAAACACUUUUUGGCCAUAACGAGAGUCAAGACUUCACACAGAAAUUAUGACAAAAUUUCAAACAAAUAUUUUAUAUUUUAUAUAACUCUGGAUAAACUGUGUUUUCUGUGUGUUUCUGAUUGAAAAACAAAUCAUUAAAUCAAUAAGCCAUCAUAUGCUGAGGGACUGUUAAUAACAUAUAACAUAUGUGAAUGGUUUUGAUGUAUAGAGUUGUGUUAAUAUUUGGUGAUACAGCAUGAGUUCAAAGUGACUGUGGUGGUAUAUGGUGCUGUCUUGUGUCUUGCAGCAGGCGGGCAGUGAGGGCGAGCUGUGCAAGGCCGACAGUCUAGGCUCAGCUGGCAGCAGCAGCACACUUGCAUCCUCUGUCAUUGAGGUGGAUGCUGAACGGCCUGAACUGGGCCUGACACAACAGCUCCGACCUAAUCAUGAGGAAGAGGAAGAUGAAGAAGAAGAGUUAACCCCCCUUAGUCAUCCUCCCACUCUGUCCAUCACUGAGGAGAUCCUGGAGUUCAUCAACCAGAGCAGAGCCAGAGAGGGACUCACCUCUAUUCAUACUGAUGCAACGGAGAAAGUAAAUCAGUCCAAAGGGAGUCAGUCUCCAACUAACCAGAGCAAUUUCACCUGCCCACUGCCCCCAGUUGUCUGCUCCUCCAGCCCAGAGCAAAGACCUGCAAAGCAACAGGAGCAGGAAAGAUCAGAGAUGGAGGAUGACGGCACCCUGCAGAGUCAGACCAGUAACUCUGACAAGGAAAAUGAAGCAACAAAUGAAGUCAAAGAAAUUCCAGAUGCAACAAGUCACGUGGAAAAGGGAGUGGAACUAGAUGCAGAGACACAAGGAGAAGGGGUAGAUAAAGAGAAAGAAGACAAGAAAACAAGGGAGGAAGGAGAGGGACAGUGCAUCAUCUUGGCUGCAACAUCAGAUCACCCCUCCAUCUCAGCAGAGGAAGAAAGAGAGAACAGUAGGGAAGAGGCGAGCAAUGAGGCCACCACUUCCUCCCCAAAUCCAGAUCUCUCUCAUCACCCCAUCCAGAGAUGCCAGCCACCUACAAGAGGCUCCCACCUCACCAAACGUGACAAGAAGAUCAUCGAAAAGAUCAGGAGUUACUACGAGGCAGCAGCCGAAGCCGAUGAGGAUGAUGUGGAGGAGGAAAAUGAACAGGGAGAGGGAGUGGCAUCAAGGAGGAGGAACAGUUUCUCACAAAUCCCAUCUGGCUUGGUGAAGGAGUCUGUGUCACGCUUUGAUGUGGGUGGACACCAGGGUGAAACAGAGAGCACACAGUCCAAGUAUGAAACAACUGAAGCAAUCGACAGAGAGAAUGAUCGAGAGGCAGAGCCCUGCUCCCCCACUGGUCCCAUCUCUUCCCCAACUCCACUCUCAGCAUAUGCAGAGAAUGAUAGACAGGCAGAUAAACCAAUCAGCUCCCUGGAUUUCGAUGCAGAAGGCCCAAUCAAGACACCAAUGCUUACUGUAAUCCAGGACAAGGAGACGCCAAACCAAGUGGGUCUCAAUCUGCAGUUGAACCAAAACAGGCCUGUUGGAGAACGAACUGAGAUACAGGACAACAACGGAAAGGUGUGCACAGGACUACUAGAGGAAGGACUGGAUGACAGGCAGGAUGGAAACUCAAAUGUUGUGCCUACUGGGGAGCAAGGUGGUCACUUACUGCAAGCGGUGGGAUCAUCUAACACCAAACAGUACAAGUGCAGAGAUGAAACAACCAAAACUUGUGUUAUGAAAGGUGUUAUGAAAAGCGAUGAACGUAACCAAUGGGACCCAGCAGAGCCGAAGAGAAGCCAGAAAGAACCCUCUACACCUCUGACACCUACAGAACAAUGUCAAAAGACUGAGACUACAAGCCAUUCCACUUGGACUGUAACCAAACACAGAGACCUGGCCAAGACAAGCCUUGAGGAUCUUACCAGUCAAAUAAAAGUGGGUCGAUGGUCCCGCCACUCCAGGAUUGUCACUGCUAACCGGGCGUUGUUUGAGGGCAUGGGGUCGGAUGUAACCAGUGUUGGGUUGUUUGAGUCCAGCCCUGUGGUGGACCCUGUGUUGAUAGAAAACUCAGAGCGUAUUCUGAGCAAGGUCCAAACACUGGCCCGGAUGUAUAGUGCCAAAGCCAGUACCAUGAAGAUCCCGCUGCAUCAGAAACGGGCCAGUGCUGUACAGAACCAAUCAUGGGGCUCAGGUAGACUGUCUGGACACUCAACUCUAACCCUGACACAGGUUCCAUCCCAGACUCAACAACAGACCCCUUCUAAGAACUGGCAACAAACACAAUACCAGAUGGGAAUCAAUAAUUCAGAUACCCACACGGGAUCCAAAACUGGAACACAAACUCACAUCAAGACCAAGGUUCAGAGUCAAACCCAAACACAAACUAAGCAGCAAUUGCAGAUCCAAACUAAGAGCCAAAUCUCGAGUCAGGCACAGACUCAUUACCAAAGGCAAUACCAGACCCAGACUAUGAGCUGGGAGUACCAGAGGAUCCAGGAGGAGGGGAUGAUUAACAGAGCAGAGAGCCUGACAGUUGAUUUCCAGAGGUCGGUGAUGCCCCCCUGUGAACCUCUGCUCUUUGGUCAUGUGUUUGUCAAAGAGCAGCUGACCUCAGCCUGUCACCACCAAAUGAAUGACUUCACCCUCUCCAGGCCCAGGGACUUCAUCUCUGCCUUGACUAAAGAAAGAGACUCUGUUGUAGGCUGUAGAUCAGGUGACAAAUCCCAGACCAGCUCCCAGAGCCCUAGGGAAAAUCCAGUUACCUCACAAAGAGAUCAAUCUUCCAAUCAGGCACAGGAUAACAGCUAUGACCCGGGGCGCACCUCCUCUGACAGGUGCAUGGCUUCUACAUCUGCCAGGAGUCACCUCAGUGCACAACCUGAAGAUGAGAGCUACAGUUCAUGCUGCUCUGCCACAAACACACCCUCGACUCCAACCAUGACCUUGGAUUGUGGAGUAACCAAGCUCAGCUCCACCUGUUUCGCAGGGAAAGAUGAAGCCCUGCAUCAAAACAGAGAGGUUUAUACAGAUACUGAGGAGACAGAGAAAAAAGGGGGGUCACAGCAGAGUGCUGCACACCCUGUCUCCUCAGUCAGAGAAGACUCAACAUCUGCAAACAUCAUUACCCAGCCAGCACACAAAUACAAGCAGGAUAUACCAGCUGCACAGUAUAUACAAAAUAAACAUGUACCAGAUACAGACAACAUUGUGCCGGGUGCUCAUGCAGAGCCUGAACACUUGGUUUGUACAAAAAACCUGGAUGGAGAGCUGGUGCUAACUUUAGCAAAGAAAGAUGAACUCCGAAGUGAUCAGACAAAAUUAAAUGAGACAAAGUGUGACUUAAAUUCUCCAUCACAAACCAGGAUGAUUGUACAGGGUUCAGCAGUGAUCUUUUCAGAGGAGCCACCUUUCCACAGAUCCUCAAGAGACCUGGUUAUUCCACCAUCCCCGAGCCAGCCUUUGCACUUGACCUUUGACCCCUUUCAGGUGAAUCUCACCUCAGAGGAUCACAAAGCAAGAGAAAGGGCAGCACUAAGUCCAGGUCCAUCACCAAAUCCUACCCAACCACAGUCUCAAUCAGCACAGUCAGGAGACUGUCUACCAACAUUCAUUAGCCAGAGGCUACCAGAAAUACCCACUACUACGGGUAAACAGGCCCUGUCUAACACCUUGAAUCUCAAUUACACCACUCCAUAUGAAUGCAGGGAACCAGACCAGCAGGACUCAGGAUCCCCUAACAACCUGCCCAUCUUCGGCCUCCUUUCAGACCACCACCCACCCUCCAGACUCUCCAUGGAGACAGCCAGCCUGGGGGAGCCACCCAACCCAGCCAUUGCCACCCAUAGCCAGGACACAGAACCCACCUCGGCCCCCUCAGCCUUCACUCCCAGCUUAAGACACCACUCUCGUUCUCCUGUUAGAGCUCCUCCCGCCUCCUCUCCCCUGCCGCUGUCCCCCUCCUCUGUCCGAGUGCCUCCUUGCUCAUCACUGUUCACUGCCGUUCCAGCAUCUUCUCUGACCCCUGGAUCCAGUGAAGGCUUCACCUCCCCAAACACUGGCUCCAGGGCUGUUCCCUCUUCAUCCCCUACUCCCUCUGCUGGCAUGACAGCCCCACCUGCCUCUUCUCCAACACCUUCCUCUGUUUCAGGGAGGUCUUUAUCAGUAAGAGCAGGUGUCCCCUCCUCCCCUACACCAUCCUCUUCCCCCCGCUCAUCCCCCAUAACUUCUUCCUCUGCAUUUACCAGAUCUUUAGCUGCCUCCUGUAUCAGCCAGUCCAUCAGUCAGAGUAUGGCAAAAAAAAGCACUGCCCAGCAACAAGCCCCAUCCAUAAACCCAGUAAAUCAAAGCCCCUCCUCCACUCCCUCCUUCCCCUCAUCUCAUCUACAACGGCAUUCCCCUUCUCCAAAACUCCCUCCCAGUCAGCAAAGUCCCAGUACACCUGCUUAUGUCCAGAUGGGGUACAUUAAAGAUGGGCACCAGCAUCCAAGGUGUCCACCAUCAUUUCUCCUAUCCUCUUGCCCUUCUCCAUCCCUCCUCCAGUUAACCACUCCCUCUCUUUCACACUGCUCACCUUCCCCAUCUAUGAGUCUGGCCCAUCAUCAACCUUCCCACUCUCCCUCGGCUUCCUCUCGUCCUUCAUUCCUUCACUCAUCGCAGAAUGCAAACAACAACAACAACAACAACUUUAGCUUAGCUGGUUUACCAACAGUGGUCAGCAGUGGAAGUAAUAUCAGCAGCUGUAGCAUUAACGGUGCUGUCAAUAAUGGGGGUUGGUCAGGAAGUCCUCAGAAGACACCGCUAGCUAAUGGUAGCACUAAUGCUACAGUAAUGCAACAAACCCAUGAUCCUCUGUGGUUGGGGUCACACAACCGUGUAGCUCGGCCUUUUUCUGCAUCCGAACCCAACUCACGAGUUCAGUCCCCAACUCCCUCCCCAACCCCUGCUUCGUUUGCUCGACUCUGCUCUCCACCUCCUCAACAUAAGUUCUCCACCCCCAUGGCGAACAAACCUCCCCACCCCCCGAGCACACGGGCAGGAGGUGCAAGUUUCCAUAAUCCGCUAGGCCUCACUUUGGAGCUUCCCAGGGCCUCUUCAGCAAGUUCGGCAUUAGUACAGUCAUCAUCAUGCCUGAGCCCUCGUAUCCUCUCCCCUCCUCCCAUCGGCGUGUCAGUGAAUGUUUGGACAAAUAAUGUUGCAACACCUCAACCAAGAAACCCCAGAUUAGCUUCCUCUUCUCCUUUGUCUCCCUUUUUUUCCACCUCAGGCUCAGCAACUUUUCCCACUUCCUCUUCUACUUCAGUCCAACUGCAUAGCUCUAGAGCCUCUUCCCCGUCUCGACCCUGUCCUCCUGCAGUCCAAACACUCCAUAGGUCUUUCUCCUCCAACUUGGCAGACAGACCCCCUAGUCCAGCCUGGAGCAACCCGAGUGGACUCCGCUGCUCCUGGGCAGAGAGUAGCCAUAGGUCCCUUUGUUUCAGUGGAAGUGGUCGAGGGUCUUUCGACCAGCAGGAGUCCUAUCCAACCAGUCCACUGAGCGGAUGGUCCUCAUGCAACACCUCGCAGUCCUGCCUCAGCCCCCGACCCGGGCUUCAGUCCUCACUCUCAGCUAGCAGGCUUACCCCAACGAAGGGCACCCUUGGUGGCCAGCAUUUCACCAGCGUGCCAUGGCCAGAUGUUCGAGAGCUUUCAAACAAAUAUAACGGGGCUGACUGCCUCGAUACAAUUGGUACUUCCACUAUCAUCGCCACCUCUCCGUCUCUCUCCUCCCUCUCUCAGUCCUUCCUCUCCUCUCCGGCUCCAUCAGACAGUCAGACAGAAUGGGGAGACCCAGAGCUAGAAGAGGGUAGCUGUCGUAGCCAGCUCAUCUGUGCCUAUGUUGCCCACCCCUUCCAUGAACAAAACCUCCCCUCAUGUCUGGCCCUGUCCUCCUCAGGCACCACCUCCCCUCCAAACAACUACCCAUCCGAAGUCAAACCACACCCUCAGGCCCAAACCACCACCAGAACAUCUCCUGUACCCCCUGUCCCUUUCCCCGUGCCUUCAAACUCAUCACCUCUACCUUUUGUCCAUUCCUCUCCUACCAAGCCUGGGAACCAGAAGACCAGUUAUGCCACCACAGUCAACCUCCAGAUUGCUGGAAGUGGCCGAAUAACCUCUUUCAGCACCGCCCAAGUUAGCCUGACCCAAACCCUUCAAGGUGGAGCAGGAGCUGGAGGACCAGGACAGGGGCAUAUGGUGAGGAGAGUGAGCAUCAACGGACUUUCACACCUUCCUCCCCCUCUUCCUCAGAAUUGCAACAGGCUUUAAAGAAAGCGAGAACUCUUCCAUCAUGGUCUUAUAAGGGCCAAAAUACAAGAUGGUGGUGGAAGUAAAAAAGGCAUUAGACAAUGUGUGUAUUUUGCUUUCUGUGCAGAGGAAGCAACACAGGUUAGUGUGUAACUUUUAGUCAGUGGUCCAGACCUUCACAAAUAUCCCCUGGCUGGACUUGAACCAUGAACCACUCUGCUUGCCACCAUGUUGGAAAUGAAAAAGCAAAGCGUGGGGCCCUUUGACCUGGGAAUAAGUUGUUCACAUCUAAGGGACAGAAUGAAUGUUUUCAACUCAAUGUGGCACAGAUUUGAAGACACGGUGUGAAGGGGAUCCAUAUUGGGUCUUGGCGGGCUUCUGCAAAUGCUUCAUACCUGAACAUUAAACAUGAUCUUUCAAGAAUGGAAAUUCUACCUGCACGUUGUUCGUAUAUUGCAACCUGGGCUAAUGACUUUGAGUGGAUGCAGAUAGAAUUGCUUUAAAGAUCCUAAUAUGGUAAAGAGUAAUGACCAUGUCUCCAUCCAUGGAAAUGUAUCACUCAGCUCUGAUCUCGUAGGCUGAGCACCAAAACCCCUGACUGUCCACCGCUGUCCGAUCACUGGUCAAACGGCUGAACCAGUCUGAAGUCUGUUCAUUGGACAGAACAGCUCUGGACUCUGUCUGGUGAUGUGACGACUUCUCACAUGGAACUUUUCACUUCAGACAUUUCUGUAAAAGCCAGUUAACGCAGUAAGAUUUAAUGAGUGGGAGUUAAUCCAUUCUAACACAUCCUGCAAACACAUACACGUUGAAGGUCCAGUGUCCACAUUGCUGUAUGCAAUCAUAGUUACUUAAAGUUUGUUUUACUAUUUUCUUUUAUAUAUUCUGUUGAACAAACAUCAGCGUUUGGCUGUCUGAGGUCAGUGUUGAGGAUGGGUAAUAACUGUGGUUAUUAUUAAUUCAUCAUUUUAACCAUUUUUAUAAUUCUUUUUAUUUUAUUGUUUAUUUAUAAAGUUAGUCUUUUUCUCUUUGGCACUUAAUAUCCUUCAAGUAAUGUUGGUAUUUUGCACAGUGUCCUCACCGCUUGGGUGCAUGCUUUGAGUUUGUGUGUGUGUGUGUGUGUGUGUGUGUGUGUGUGUUGUCUAUUUGAAAUGACGUGUCUUUAACUUCAGACCAAGCUGAUAUCUGUGUGUUUUAAUGCUUAUGCUUUGUUUGUUUCUGUAUUGGUGUACUCAGAUGGUUCAUUGACUUUACACUCCCUCCUGUUGUCAGUGCUCUUCAGAAACCUUGUAUCUUCAAGUUUCACCUGGUUUUGCUACAUGAACUUUGUAUUAAACCAAACACUGGUCAUGCAUCAAGUGUCACAACAGACUCAGGUUUCACUUCCCAGUAACACAGAGAGAUGUACUGAAGUAUACUUUAAUGUACUUUAUGCUAAAUGCCAGUUGUGUUUGGUUUUUAAUUAUUUUUAUGCCUCGGCGCAGGCUUUAUGUUUUCAGGUUGUCUGUUAGUUCGUCCCAUUCUCAUGAACAAACUCAGUAACAACUGAAUUUCUUCAAAUUUGGUGCAAACAGUCACUCGGACUCAACAGUGAACUGAUUAGAAUUUGGAGGUCAAUGGUCAAAGUCAUUGUGACCUCACAAAAUAUGUUUUCAGCCAUAACUCAUGAAGGAGGAGGAUAAAAUGAAGUGAUGACAUUUUAUAUCCAAAAGGUCAAAGUUCAACUUCACUGUGACAUUAUAAUGUUCAGCAAAAUCACUUCUGGCCAUUAUUCAACACCGUCACUCAGUAAGAGUGAGUGUGACAAGAUGUCAUACAACUUGGCUGGUUGGUGGAGGAAACAAUCACAAGGUCAUAAUUCUAAUUUUCCAAAUUCUUUUAUAGAUCAUGUCACUCAGAUUGAAUGUCCCCACACAUUCAGAAGCUGUUUUCCAACAGUUUAUAGUUCCUUUUGUGAUGAGAAAUCACUUCACAGAAGCUGGAGAGAAAAAUAUAUUAAUCUGUAUUUUAAAAAGUUAAAGUAGUGUGGAUCUGAAAAUGACAUUUUUUAAAUUUUAAUGUUCAACAUGAACAGUUCCUUAUAUUAAACAAGUCCUCCAACCUAAACAACUAUUCUUACCCUACAGCGGCAGGAGAGAUGCCUCAGAUAAAUUGUUAAAAAUCACUCUUUAAAAGAAAUAACUGGCCCUUUUAUUUUGUGACAAAGCUGUGGUGAAGGUUAGGUUAGGGAAAGAUUCUGGUUUGGGUUAAAAUAAGUACUUUGUUAAGGAUAGAGGAUGUUUGUUGUCAUGGUUACAGUAAAAAAAACACGUGGUUAAGGUUAAAGAAAAAACGUUGACUGACACAGGAAAUGAACAGCAGUAUUCAUGUUGAACCUCCUCCCUACACAGACACCUGUCGCUAUAUUCUAACAUUAUAAUAUAUGUUUUAUAAUAAGACGACAGUCUCCUUUUAAAAACAAAAAGCAAAACUAAUUCUGUGAAAUUCAACAUUUGAAAUUGUUCUGGAGGUGAAAUAUAAAGGUCACUUCAUAAGAUGUGAGGUUUCUGCAAAGUGCAGGGAACUGGAGAGAACUUAAUGUUUUUAGGACCUGGUGAAAAGGAAUAUAUUAAGUAAAUCUUCAUCCAAUAAUGCAAUCAGUGAGAUGUAUGAAAAAUAAAAGGUGUGUGGUGUAAAACAAAAACAAAGUGUGCUUUUCAUUGACU